GAGCGUCUUCCUGCCUCUUUUCCUUCCUCGCUCUCUUUCGGCGCAAGCCAUGGCCUCUCUGUUGGAUCUGGAGUGCAUCGCGGAUGGAGUCAAGCCGCCGAUUUGCACCAGCAGCUUCUUGUUCCGAUGUGAGCUGAACAGCAGUACCCGAUCCUACACUUUUAAAGUGUCUGACGAAGAUGACUCUGAUCAUAUCUUGGCUCUGAAUAUGAUUUGCCUGUCAGAAGGUGCCAAGGAUGAGUGCAAUAUUGUGGAGUUCGUGGGGCACGACUAUCAGGACCAAGAGAUUGUGGUGCCAGUGGCCAACCUAAAGUUGUCGUGCCAACCUUCGUUGUGUUUGGAAGAUUUCGAGCUCCAACCCCCGGUGACGUUCCGCCUGCGCUCAGGAUCUGGACCUGUCCACCUUGCAGGACAACACCAAAUCUUUCACAAAAAGGACCUCUCGGAUGAUGAGUUCAGUGAAGAUGACGAGGAUUUUAGUGAGGAGGACGUGUCCGUGGAAGAGGAGGAAGGGGAGCUACCUCCUAUCAAGCCAGCCAAGAAGCAACGCAAAUCUUAGCCUGACAUCUCCCUGAAGGUGCUGCUGGUUUUCUUCUUCCUAAAACGCAGUGCUACUAGUCUGCAGCUGAACUUCUUGAAAACCUUUCUCAUAUUUUCUAUACGAAGCUGAUGGCUGACACAAGUAACAACUGGUGCUACUGACUACAUGGGGGAAUAGCUUGCUGUUUGGCAAAUCACCGAAGACUCCUCAAACACAUUUCUUCCCCCUGAGAAAACUCUUUCCUGUUGUGCCUUCUGGUCAGAUUUUUUCGGUACUUCGAAAGGUGCCCAAACUUGCUGCUGCUGUUGAUGUGUGUUACGUUGUUUUCUCUGCAGGUGAGGCAGUCAAGAGAGACAUGCUUCUCUUGAAGCU